CUCGGCAUUCAUUGGCUGAUUGCAUGACUUACCGUAAACGUCAUUACGUUUUCUUGCGUAGCUGCUUCCUGAAGCCCAACAGCAAAAUAGACGAUGUUGGUCCUGGUGUUAGGUGACCUGCACAUCCCCCACCGAUGCAACACCCUACCAGCCAAGUUUAAGAAGCUGUUGGUGCCAGGCAAGAUCCAGCACAUCCUCUGUACAGGAAACCUCUGCACCAAGGAGAGCUAUGACUACCUGAAGACACUGGCUGGGGAUGUACACAUUGUCAGGGGAGACUUUGAUGAGAACCUAAACUACCCGGAGCAGAAGGUGGUGACAGUAGGUCAGUUUAAGAUCGGCCUGAUCCAUGGGCACCAGGUGAUCCCCUGGGGGGACAUGGCAAGCCUGGCUCUGCUGCAGAGGCAGCUUGACGUCGACAUCCUCAUCUCUGGACACACGCACAAGUUCGAGGCCUUUGAAAACGAGAACAAGUUCUACAUCAACCCCGGCUCAGCAACUGGAGCCUACAAUGCACUGGAAAGCAACAUCAUCCCAUCCUUUGUAUUGAUGGACAUCCAAGCAUCCACAGUGGUGACGUACGUAUACCAGCUCAUAGGAGAUGACGUCAAAGUGGAGAGGAUUGAGUACAAGAAAUCCUAAACCCAGGGCUGAAAAGGGAGGGGUGAGGCAAGGGGUGCUGUCGUUCAGUGUAUCGUUUCAUUCCUUUCUACCUGUAGCUCCAACUACAUAACCACAGAAAACUGUUUGCUAACUUAACUCUAUAAAGAAAUGUAUAUCUUUUAUGUCAUCUGCGUUGGCAUGUGUUCCACCCACCAUGUGGUGUCUGUAAAAAAAAUAAUUUAAAAAAUGCAAUUGUCACAUGAGUUUGCAUAAUGUCAUUCAAAUAAAUAUUUGGUGCCACUUUUUGAAUUUGA